CUCAUUCUAUCUAUAAACUACAAUCUCCAAUUCGAUCAUUCUUUCCAAAUCAAACUCUUUUUUCAACAGUCCUCUAUCUGUCAAAGAAUUUCCAGAUCGAUUACUUGUUACUUCCAACUGUUCUUAACAUAUUCUAGUCAAGCUUUGUGGCUAUAUUUAUACAUAAAGCCAGAAACUUAUAAUACCAGAAAAGAUGAAGCUACUGUCUGAGAAAGCCACGUGUAACUCUCACGGACAAGAUUCUUCAUACUUCUUAGGAUGGCAGGAGUACGAGAAGAACCCAUACGAUGAAAUUCAGAAUCCUAAAGGAAUCAUCCAGAUGGGUCUUGCAGAGAAUCAGCUUUCUUUUGAUUUAUUAGAGUCAUGGCUAGCACAAAAUCCAGACGCAGCUGGGUUUAAGAGAAAUGGAGAAUCCAUAUUCAAAGAACUUGCUCUGUUUCAAGAUUACCAUGGCCUUCCUGCUUUCAAGAAUGCAAUGACAAAAUUCAUGUCAGAAAUCAGAGGAAACAAAGUUAGCUUUGAUUCCAACAAGCUCGUUCUUACAGCCGGUGCAACUUCCGCAAAUGAGACGCUUAUGUUUUGCCUUGCUGAUCAAGGCGACGCUUUUCUCCUUCCUACUCCAUACUAUCCUGGAUUCGACAGAGACCUCAAAUGGAGAACCGGGGCCGAGAUUGUGCCAAUACAUUGCUCAAGUUCAAAUGGCUUCAGAAUUACAGAAUCCGCUCUUGAAGAGGCUUAUCUAGAAGCCAAAAAGCGCAACCUUAGAGUGAAAGGUGUUCUUGUGACCAACCCUUCAAACCCAUUGGGCACAACACUAACCCGAAGUGAGCUUGAGCUCCUUCUCUCUUUCAUCGACACAAAAGGCAUCCACCUCAUCAGCGACGAGAUCUAUUCUGGGACUGUUUUUAGCUCGCCAGGCUUCGUCAGUGUCAUGGAAGUUCUUAUCGAAAAGAACUACAUGAAAACCGAAGUUUGGGAACGAGUUCACAUUGUUUACAGUCUCUCCAAAGAUCUCGGUCUCCCGGGGUUUCGAGUUGGUGCAAUUUAUUCCAACGAUGAUAUGGUUGUCUCCGCGGCCACAAAAAUGUCCAGUUUCGGAUUAGUCUCUUCGCAAACUCAGUACCUUCUUUCAUGCAUGCUCUCCGACAAAAAAUUCACGAAGAAAUACAUCUCUGAGAAUCAGAAGAGGCUAAAGAAACGACAUGCAAUGCUUGUUAAAGGUCUUAAAAAUGCCGGUAUCAACUGCCUUGAAAGCAAUGCCGGUCUGUUUUGCUGGGUAGACAUGAGGCAUCUACUCAGCUCCAAUACUUUUGACGCUGAAAUGGACUUAUGGAAGAAGAUAGUGUACGAUGUUGGCCUUAACAUUUCUCCAGGUUCAUCAUGCCAUUGUACCGAACCGGGCUGGUUCCGUGCAUGUUUUGCUAACAUGUCCGAAGAUACGCUAAACUUAGCCAUGCGACGUAUCAAGGCUUUUGUCGAGUCCACUGCUACCAAUACCAUUAAUCAAAUUAGUCACCAGAAUCACCAAACUAGCCACAAGAAGAAGUCAUUCUCCAAGUGGGUUUUUCGACUAUCUUUCAAUGACCGUCAAAGAGAACGAUAGUCCUGCAAGUGUGAACAUUCCCUUCAUGUCUCCAGAUGAAUUUUUUACUCAAUAUUUAGAUAUUGAGUUCCCCGAAUAUUUUUUUUGUAUGAUCAAAAUAUAUAUUUUUUUUUUGUAUUUUUAUGUAGAGGGUGCACUCUGUCCAUGUGAUGGACGAGCAGUGGUUGUUCAUCAUUUUGUAAUUAACAUCUCGAAGAUUGGAUAUCUUGCAUCGAAUCUUCUUGAACUGUUCAAACUAUUACAUUAUCUAAUAAAUAUUUCUUGAAAUGUC